AUGUCCAAAGGAACCAAGGAAACUCCCCUCAUCACGUCGCCCUCGAGGCUGGCACAUGUGGUUCUGCGCACCGGCAACCUCAAGGAAAUGUCCCCAUUCUACAAGACUUUCCUGGGCGGAAAAGCUCAAGUUGAGAGCGACCAGGUCGCUUUCAUCACCUACGACGAUGAGCACCAUCGCAUUGCUCUCGUUUCGCGGCCAGAUCUGCAAACACUGCCACCAAAGUCCUGUGGUCUUGAUCACAUCGCGUUUGGGUUUGACGACAUCGAGGGCCUACUCAAAGCAUACUCGCAGCGCAAGGAGCAUGGAGUCACGCCGGUCUGGUGCGUCCACCACGGGCUCACCAUCAGUAUGUACUACCGAGACCCGGAUGGCAACGUGUUGGAAACAUUCAUCGAUGCCUUUGACGAUUUGGAGAAGCAGGAUGCGUAUAUGACGUCGAAGGACUUUGUGGAGAAUCCCAUUGGUGUGGAUUUUGACCCUGAAGAUAUGCUGAGACGGGUGCAGAGUGGAGAGUCAAAGGAGAGUAUUCACAAGAGGCCGAAUAUUGGACCGCGGGACCUGAGCACCGUACCGUUAUUUUGA